UGGUGCCCUGUCACUCUCUCUCUCUAAAAAAACCCUUUUUCCUUCUCCAGAUCUGGUCUCAUAGUCUUCCAAAUCUCGUCAAAAUGAGGGAAAUUCUUCACAUUCAAGGUGGUCAAUGUGGUAACCAGAUCGGUGCUAAGUUCUGGGAAGUGAUCUGCGACGAACAUGGUAUCGACGGCACUGGUAAGUACAGUGGCGACGCAGAUCUCCAGCUAGAGAGAAUCAACGUCUAUUACAAUGAAGCCAGCGGUGGAAGGUACGUACCACGUGCUGUUCUUAUGGAUCUCGAACCUGGUACUAUGGAUUCCGUCCGAUCUGGACCUUUCGGUCAGAUCUUCCGCCCAGAUAACUUCGUCUUUGGACAAUCCGGUGCUGGUAAUAACUGGGCUAAGGGACAUUACACUGAAGGAGCUGAACUCAUUGAUUCGGUACUUGAUGUUGUUAGAAAGGAAGCUGAGAAUUGUGAUUGUCUGCAAGGAUUCCAAGUUUGUCAUUCUUUGGGUGGUGGUACUGGAUCUGGAAUGGGAACCCUUCUCAUUUCCAAGAUCAGGGAAGAGUAUCCAGACAGAAUGAUGUUAACUUUUUCAGUUUUCCCUUCUCCAAAGGUAUCUGAUACAGUUGUGGAGCCUUAUAAUGCCACUCUUUCAGUUCAUCAACUGGUUGAGAAUGCUGAUGAAUGUAUGGUUUUGGAUAAUGAAGCUCUUUAUGAUAUCUGUUUCAGAACUCUCAAACUUGCUACUCCCACUUUUGGUGAUCUCAACCACUUGAUAUCCGCAACCAUGAGUGGAGUCACCUGCUGUUUACGAUUCCCAGGACAACUAAACUCCGACUUAAGAAAGCUAGCUGUGAAUCUAAUCCCCUUCCCACGUCUCCAUUUCUUCAUGGUUGGUUUCGCACCCUUAACUUCAAGAGGCUCACAACAAUACAGAGCUUUAACCGUCCCAGAACUAACCCAACAAAUGUGGGACUCCAAAAACAUGAUGUGCGCAGCUGACCCACGUCACGGCCGAUACCUAACUGCCUCAGCCAUGUUUCGAGGUAAAAUGAGCACGAAAGAAGUUGAUGAACAGAUGAUCAAUGUUCAGAACAAGAACUCGUCUUACUUCGUGGAGUGGAUACCCAACAAUGUGAAGUCUAGUGUAUGCGAUAUUCCUCCCAAGGGGUUGAAAAUGGCGUCGACGUUCAUAGGAAACUCGACUUCGAUCCAGGAAAUGUUCAGGAGGGUGAGCGAGCAGUUCACGGCUAUGUUUAGGAGGAAGGCUUUCUUGCAUUGGUAUACUGGAGAAGGAAUGGAUGAGAUGGAGUUUACUGAGGCGGAGAGUAAUAUGAAUGAUUUGGUGGCGGAGUAUCAGCAGUAUCAGGAUGCUACCGCAGAUGAGGAUGAGGAAUACGAGGAAGAUGAAGAGGAGGAUGAAGAACAGGUUCAUGAUUGAUGAUUAAUGUAGAAAUGUAAUGUCUCUGUGUAUGAUGUUUGUUUGUGGGUUUGUAUUGUUUCCCUUGUACUUGAUCAAUAUUUAGUGUGUGUUGUUUGGAUUUAGUUAAACUCUUGACUUUACUCUUAUCUUCUUCUUCAACAUUUAGCUUUUCAUGUAUGUAAACUUGUCAGGUUAAUUCUACUAGAGUCAGUUCAUCAUUCUA